AGUGCGGAUCCAGGCCCCAGUACAACACCCGUAUCGUGGGGGGGAACAUCUCCAGGCCGGGGCAGUUCCCCUGGCAGGCCAGCCUCCACUUCGUCAGUGAACACCUGUGUGGAGGCUCCAUCAUCACAUCCCGCUGGGUGCUGACUGCGGCACACUGUGUGUACGGGUUUGCAGACCCCUCCAUGUGGGCGGUCCAUGUGGGUCUGACGGAGCAGCCGGUGCAUGGCGCUCAGUCUCUGUCUGUGGAGCAGAUCAUAUACCACGCUCGCUACAGGCCUAAAGGACUGGACUACGACAUUGCACUGAUGAAACUGGCCACGCCACUUGACUUUAACG